AUGGCCAACUACGCUUAUAAUUACCCUCCUCAGUUCUCCCAAAUGUUGCCUCCGAACGCAGAGUACGCGAGCCAAGGCGACGGAUUGAGAGAAUAUUGUGAAAUGGGUAAUUCCAAAGUUAAGGAAACCAAACGAUCGUUCGACGCGUCCCACACACAAGACCCGUUCUCACUCCCAAAGCCGGUCAGGAUCGAGUACCCAUUCCCGGUCAAGAUCAAGAUCACGAUCCCAAUCACGGUCUCGGUCCCAAAGCCGCAGUGGCAGCCGAACGGC